AUGCUAAGUAUAACUAAAGCUAGACAACUUGGAUUCACUUCCAAAUCGAGGAGAUCUAAAUCGUCGUUUGCAACAGCCCUCAAUGCUGCGGCUCGUCUGGUCACCCCGAAGGCCCUUUUAAACAAUCCAGUUUCGUUAGUUUCUAACGAGAUGAAUACACUAGCCAAGAACAUACUUUCAUUAGUUGGAUCAGGUCAUCCAGUUUUAAACAGAGUGACCGGCUAUUAUUUCGAGGCUGAGGGGAAAAAGGUUCGUCCUUUGCUAGUUCUUCUCCUGUCUCGAGCGUUAUCAAAAAUUCCAAUUGAGGAGCGAAACAGAAUUAAAAUUGAUUUUUCCGACGUUCCAGAAGAUCCAGUGUAUUCAAAGCUCCCUCACUCAUUGUUAUUCGAGCAUCCAGCUAAGAAUUUUUCACCACUUCACAUUUUACAUGGCAUCAAACCGCUCAAUCCCUUGACCAAAGGACCGGAACCCCUCACUGAAGGAUUUGAUAAAGAUUCUGGCAUAUUACCCAAGCAAAGAAGACUAGCUGAAAUUGUCGAGAUGAUUCAUACUGCAUCUCUACUUCACGAUGAUGUUAUUGAUCACUCCGAUACAAGAAGAGGCCGUCUCAGUGGGAACAUUGCAUUUACCAACAAAAUGGCAGUAUUGGCCGGCGAUUUUUUGCUGGGAAGAGCCACUGUAUCAAUUUCAAGGCUGCGUAACCCGGAAGUUGUGGAAUUGAUUUCAAACAGCAUUGCUAAUCUGGUAGAGGGUGAGUUCAUGCAAUUGAAAAAUACUGCCAUCGAUAAUGAUCUGUCCCAGGUUCUCGACGGCAGUAAUUAUAAAAAUUUACCUUCCAGUAGUAUGGAAGUCCCCGGACAUGAUUUCAAGGUACCCAAUUCAAGUGAAAGACAUGCAGGAUCACAUUCUCAAAUGAUUGAAACGUCAUUCGAGUAUUACCUUCACAAAACAUACCUUAAGACAGCUUCUUUAAUCUCAAAAUCAUGUCGGUCGGCAGCAAUUCUCGCGGGAGCCCAAGACCCAGUAGUGGAAAUGUGCUACAAUUUUGGUAAAAACCUGGGCAUCUGUUUUCAAUUGGUCGAUGACAUGCUUGAUUUCACCGUGUCCGCAAAAGACCUCGGUAAGCCGGCAGGUGCAGAUUUGCAACUUGGACUAGCUACUGCCCCUGUAUUAUAUUCUUGGAAAGCUGAUCCCUCUCUGGGUCCUCUCAUUCAACGAGGGUUUUCGCAGCCUGGCGAUAUAGAGCGCACUCUCGAGGCUGUUGCCAAAUAUGAAGGUGUGGAGAAAACUCGCGAGCUAGCUCACGACUACAGAGACAGAGCUCUCAAAAAUUUACGUGAAGCUUUACCAGACUCUGAUGCUAGGUCUGCUCUGGAACUUCUUACCAACAGCAUUUUAACGAGAAGGAAAUGA